GCCUCUUUCCGCGCUUGAGCGAUUUCGGCACGAUGGUUCUGCGGGCCAACAGCUUUUUCGUAGGAUAACCGCUCGCUUAGCUGCACCCAAGUGUACCGUGCAAUUCGCGGGUCGCUUUCCGGAAAACUCCUCUUUUGACAGACGGAUUCACGAUCAAAACAAACUACCUCAAAAACAAACAGCAGCGAAUGGGCGCAAAUCCUCGGUGAAAAUCGGAUGUUUUAAGAUAUAUAAUUGUAGUACACUGGUGCUUGCUGGUUUGCUCAGCCAAGAUGGGUGUCCGGCAUUUGAAAACGUAUAUGAACAAACAUUUGAAGAAUGGCGUCUUUCCCGUUUGGAUGUUGCCCGCGAUACGAAAAGCGGCUAAACGAUCACGCAGACCUUUGAUAGUGAUCGAUUUGAUGGCACUGUUUGGAUUAUUUUGCUCCGACAAAAAGAGUAUGCUCUGUGGAACGCGGGUACGGAUGAUCGAACGGCAGGCCGACGAACUUUUUCGCCGCCUAACUGAAGCCGGAGCACGGCUGGUAUUUUUCUUCGAUGGACCACCGCAGCAGACCAAGCUCACGACGUGGACGCGAAGGCAGAAUCGAAAGUACGAAAACAUGCUCACCAUCAUCGAUGCCGUCGAUCAGGAGCAACCACUGCAUAAAAUCGCCACCAGGUACUACGGAGCGAUACCGAACAAUACUUGCAUCAAGCUGAAUCACAUAGCGAUCAAGCAUGGUCCAGUGAUCUUUUCGUACAGCGCCGAGUGCGACCAAGAGUUGGCCAUGUAUGCACUGCAGCAUAAAGCCUUCGCCAUUAUUACGAACGAUACCGAUUUUCUUAUCUACGAAGGAAAUUGGCAUUUGUGGUCAGCGGACGAUAUUAAUUUGGGUACACUAGAGACGCUAGAGUACAACAGGAAUGCAUUACGGUGUGAGCUGGAUCUAAGCUGGCCCGGCAUGGCACUGUGGGCGACACUGGGAGGGAACGAUUUUUUCCAGUACGACACCGUGCAACCUUUCCACAAUUCGCUCAAUGGUAAUAACAAGUUUGGCAGGCUGGCCCAAUACGUUCGCAUGUUACCGAUAGGUAAUGGUUUCAACAAAAGUAUCGUACAACAAAUUGUCCGGCGCGUGUUCCAGGGGCGUCCGAUACCGGAAGAUGCAGAGGAAUGCUUGAUGCAAAGUGUAUACUUUUACAGCACCAAUCCUAGUUUAUUGAGCCGCCCAAUGGAUCCGAUGGAAGCGUUUCUGAUUGAGAAAGAGCACUCCUUUGUGCUGAGCGUCUUAAAAGGCACGGCACACAACAGUACAAUACUAUUUUUCGACUAUCGAUCGACACAGCUUGGCAAUUACUUCGACAUCAUUGUGCCAUUGAUCGCCCGCACUGCCGGCGUUAUACUGUAUCAUCGACAACACGAACGGAAGGAAAUGACGAUUCUGGCUAAACGGGGACAUCGGGAACCUUAUGAUGAACAUAUUGUUCCCGCAAUAUUCCCAACGGAUAUAAUACCACCGCAUGUGAUGGAACUGCUGUCGGAGGACGAAUCGCUACAGGCCUCAUUAAAGCAAAGGAAGCUGCAUUUAUUGCGCUGGGUCUGUUCGGAUGAUGUGGACGAUGGGCUGUUGCAGACGGUACCGAGUAAGCUGGUCACAACGGUUCUCACUCUUGUGACGCUGGUACGUAAUGAUGCGCUACUUCUGUUCGAAGCCGAUCUGCUUCUUUCGAUAGUGCAGGAUGAGAUUAACGGUGGCUUCAAUUCGCAUCCUACCAUCGAGCGGUAUCCCGUGCGUGUAGAUCCGCGUGCAUUUCGCAUUGCAUUUCUGUUCCAGAAGGUAUACUCACACAUCGCCCGUUCGGCCAAAUCUUUUGGUCUGCCCGCCGAUUACUAUUGUUCCGUGCCGUACGAUGGACAUCGGUUUCACAACUGUUACGCGGGCUGGCGUAGCGGCCAGUGGACGAUGAACGAAGGGCAACAGUGGAGAUUGUAUGCGCCAUUUGCAAGGCAGGAGCUCGUGGCAGAAGCUGUUGCGUAAAAAAAAUCAAAUGAACCACCGAACGAACUCGAAUAUGUUCGCGAUUUUCUUGCAAUUUUAACAUGAUCUGUGAAUUAUGAUCAUCCGUGAAGAUUAUUUACUUGAAUGAAGGAAGAGUUGAAUGAAGAAACUCUUUUAACCUUAUUAUGCGUUAUAGAGAUUUAUUUUAUUCAAUCAAAUAAAUUUCUUAUGAAAAACAAACCAAUUUUUAAGAUAUAAAAAAAACACUUUGGAUGUAAAUGAAAAGCUAUAGGAAAACGAUCGUUUUGUCUAGAAGCAUCUCUAUAUGUGAGUAGCACGUCGUAGCGUCGGCAGAAAACGUACAAACCGCAUCCAUGCCCCUCCCCCAAAAACAACAAAUAAAUCCUUGUGCUGCUUUACCUUA